CUUGCUAUUAGGAUUAAUGUCUGUGUGUCUAUUAGAUGGGUCUGAGUGAGGUGUAACGGAACCGAGUCGGGUAACGGCGUUGUAGAUGGUAGGGGUAGGGCUUGGAGGCGCAUGCGCAGUGCAGGCCGGUGCUGUGUGUGUGGGGGUCAGUCAGUGAGAGAGGCGGCUGGAGCGGCGGCAGAUAGAUAACAGCAGUGGCUGAGCACUUCAGCAGCAGGGAGAGGCAGCUGGGUAAUGCGUAUGUACCUCAGGGGUUAUCAUAAUCCCAUCGCAUCUUACCCCAAAUACGUCCUGUCACCCAGUGUCCUGCAGGGUCUAUGAUCUUACAGAUUUCUAGUGCAAAAUAUUUUGAAUUCGGUUAAUGUAGAGUUUGAAUAUGUCACGGAAAAUGGGCAAAAAAAUGAACAUCUCCAGCUCCCUUGAGUCAGAGGAUAUAAGCCUGGAAACAACGGUGCCAACAGAUGACAUCUCUUCAUCAGAAGAGCGGAAUGGCUCUAAUAAAGUCACCAGGCAGCUGAUUGAAAGGAAGGAACUUCUUCACAAUCUCCAACUCCUGAAAAUAGAGUUGUCCCAGAAAAACCUCAUGAUUGACAACUUGAAAGGAGAAUACCUGACCAAAAUUGAAGAGCUUGAAGAGAAGUUGAAUGACACAGUCCAUCAGAAGCAGUUACUAGCCUUAAGACUUGACACCCAAAUCAAAAUCCAGCAGGAGGAUGCAAGGAAACAUCAAGAACUGAUGAAAAAGGAGAUGGAAACAAUUUUGUCUAGGCUUAAGCAGUCAGAAGAGACAAAUCAGCAAUUGAGAGAGCGUGCCGGGAAUAUACGUCGUAGUUUGCGUGACUUGGACCUAACAAAAGAAACGUAUGAUGAGCUCAGUGCUCUACCUGAGGAGCAGCUGUCCAUUCCCGAAUAUGUGUCUGUUUGCUUCUAUGAAGUGGUCCAACCAUUGAAGAAUAAAUUAAGUGAUUUUCAGAUGAAGACUGAAAAACAAUCUGAUGAGCUGAAUGGGUACAAACAGCAAGUUAAGAAUUUAAUGGAGAGUUAUGAAGAGGAGAGGAGAUGCCGCUCAGAACUGGACACAAGAUGUCAGCGGCUGACAUUGCAAUUGGCAGACACUAAACAGCUAAUUCACCAAGGGGACUAUAAAAUAGAAAAUUAUGAUAAAGUGAAAAGUGAACGAGAUGCAAUGGAACGUGAGUUAUUAGAUCUGAGGAGAAAUUUUGAAAUAUUAGAUGCUUCACACAAGACACAAUCGAAGGAGAAACAUGAUUUAGCACAAGAGGUCAGUACAUUGCAACAAUCUGUUACCUUGUUGCAAAAGGAUAAAGAUUUCCUUAACCGCCAGAACAUGGAGUUGAAUGUGCGCUGUGCCCAUGAAGAGGAUCGCUUGGAGAGACUUCAGAGUCACCUAGAUGAUGCCAAAAAAGCAAGAGAGGAAAUGUAUGAAAAAUAUGUUACUUCUAGGGACCACUAUAAAACAGAAUAUGAAAACAAACUGCGCGAUGAGUUGGAGCAAAUUAGAUUGAAAACAAGUCAAGAAAUUGAGCAGCUCCGAGGGGCCUCGAAAGAGAUGUAUGAGCGGGAAAACAGGAAUUUAAGGGAAGCAAAAGACAAUGCUGUAGCUGAAAAAGAGCGAGCGGUUACAGCUGAGAGGGAUGCAAUGUCUAAAUAUGACCAGAUAUUGGAACAGUAUAGACAAUUACAGAUGGGCACAGAGAGCAAAGCAUCUGAACUUCUUCAUCAAGCAAAGCUUAAGUCUUUCGAGGCUGAACGUGCUCACAUGGUGUUGGAGGAGACCAACGAAAACCUACAGAAGUGCCAGCUGGAAUGUGAGAAGUAUCAGAAGAAGCUAGAGGUGCUAACAAAAGAAUUUUAUGCUCUUCAAGCAUCUUCAGAGAAACGCGUUACCGAGCUCCAAGCUCAAAACGCUGAACAUCAAGCAAAACUGGAAACCUAUGAAAAGCUGGAGCAGGAAUUGGAUGAUGUCAUAAUGCAAUCUGCACAAAUGGAAGAUGAUGUAGAAGCUGAAAGGGUUUUGUUUUCUUAUGGAUAUGGAGCCAAUGUCCCCACAACAGCUAAAAGAAGACUGAAGCAAAGUGUUCAUCUUGCAAGAAGACUUCUACUGCUAGAAAGGCAAAAUUCCUUACUGUUAAAAGAUUUAGAGCACCAGAAAGCGCAAACUGGGAAAGUUUCAUUGGAGCUGGACAGGACUAACUCCCUGUUAAUUCAAGUUCACCAGCCAUACCAGUACCUCAUUGAAUCUGUGCGCCAAAGAGAUAUCCAGAUAGACUCUCUUAAGGACCAGAUUUCAAAGCUUGAAAAAGAUGUCAGUAAUUUAAAUAAAGAAAAGUCUUCUCUACUUCGGGUCAAGAACCAAAUGGCAGCAGAUUUGGAAAAGCUUCUAAAUCAUCAAGAGGAGCUGGCUGAAAUGAAGCAAGUUUUACUAGGUCUUCAUAAUAAACGUCAAGUGGAAGGUUUACCUCGCUCUAAAGAACAUGCAAGGAAUCUAACAAGCAAAGUUAAAUCCAGGUCUCCUGAACAUGGGCUGCAGUCUCGUCAGGAUGAAAACGUAUUUAUACCUCAGCCGACUUUGUUUACAAAGAAGGAAGCACCGGAAUGGUACAAACGAUUGAAGAAGACAACAUAGAAGAUAUCACAUUGUCUACAUUAAAGUCUUUCAGAUCUAUUUUUUAUUUAAUCAUGUGAUAAAAAAUAUAUUUUUUACUCAAUUUUAAGCAAUGUUGACAGUGUGUAAUAAACAUAACCAUAUUGUCACAGU